AUGCACCAAGGAGCGCCAGGACCAGGCCUCAGGGACCUGAAGGGGGUCCAGAGCCCUGCCAAAGACUUGGAGGUCUCUUGCCUGGAGGCCGCGAGGAAUUUUGGGGUGCUGAGGGAGAAGGGCGGCCCCCGCAGCCUGGACGAGGCAGAGGAGGUGGCAGGAGGCAGAAAGCGGGCCCGGCCGGUGCGGUCCAAGGCGCGGCGCAUGGCGGCCAAUGUGCGCGAGCGCAAGCGCAUCCUGGACUACAAUGAAGCUUUUAACGCGCUGCGCCGGGCGCUGCGGCACGACCUGGGGGGCAAGAGGCUCUCCAAGAUCGCCACGUUGCGCAGAGCCAUCCACCGCAUCACCGCGCUAUCCCUAGUCCUGCGCGCGAGCCCCGCGCCCCGCUGGCCCUGCGGGCACCUGGAGUGCCACCGCCAGGCACAGCGCGCUGGGGGCGCCGGGGACGCGGUGUCCAGCCCACUGCAGCUCGCGCCACCGCCCGCCGGGCCCAGCCUCGCGCGCCGGGACACCGCGGGCCCCUUGGCGCCGCGCUGCCCCUCGUGCUCCCCGCACACGCACCUGGAACGGCACAGGGCGGUGGCCGAGACGCAGGGCUCAUCCCAGACCUCUGCGGGGAGCUGGCGCCGGUGUCCGGGGGCUCCUUCUGCGGGGCUGCUGCCUUGGUCGCGGAGCUAUCUGCGCGCGGGCCCGGGGCUGGGCUAUCAGCACCUCUGA